GGAACCCUGCGCCAAUGGGGCGGCGAGGCGGACGCAGGGGGCGGGGCGGAGCGGGCAGCUGACCGGGACGGCGGCGGAGCAGCGCCAUGACCACGGCGCUGACCCAGGGGCUGGAGCGGAUCCCGGACCAGCUGGGCUACCUGGUCAUCAGCGACGGGGCCGUGCUGGCGUCAUCGGGUGACCUGGAGAACGAUGAGCAGACGGCCGCCAUCCUCUCGGAGCUGGUGGCCACGGCCUGUGGGCUGCGGCUCCAGCGUGGCCAUGACCCACCUUUCAAGCGCCUCUCAGUAGUGUUCGGGGAACACUCCCUCCUCGUCACCGUCUCUGGACAGAAGCUCUUCGUGGUGAAGCGGCAGAACCACGUCCAGGAGCCUGUUGCCGUCUGAGACGCAUCCCUGCUGUUGCCGAGACGGGGGACAGUCCCCUUCAUCCCCACCGUCCCCAGGGCCUUGGGGUGGUGGGGGGGGAAAGACACGACACCACCAGCUCCCGUCCCUGCUGGGGGGCCCAGGGCCCUGCAGGGACACUCACUCGUGUCCCUGUCACCUUGAGGGCCUUGGGGACUGGUCCUUCACGUCCCUGCAGUCCCCAAGGCCAUGUGGUGCCCCCUGUGUACUUCAGGACCCUGCAGCGUCACCCCUCCAAGCACACUGUCCCUCUGCUGAGGCAAUAAAUUAUGUCCUGGUCCCCC